AUGUCCGCCAAAUUCGCCUUCGCAAAGUCCCUCAAGGAGGUUCGAUUCCUCUUCUGCCAGACCUCCGAGAAGAGCGCAGCUGUUCGAUCUUUCCUCACAACCCAAUACCCAGCCAUCAAAAAGGCCAACCCCAACACUCCGAUCCUCCUCCGCGAAGCCGCCGGCACUCUGCCCAAAGUCUACGCCAGAUUCGAGUUUGGCAAUGAAAAAUCACAGUCUCUUGAGGGCCUAACAGACAAGCAGAUCGAGGAUACCGUCUCAGGGCUGGUCAACAAAGCAUAA